GCCAUUCAGUCUAAUUUUCUUCUAAUUUUCUUCUAAUUUCUAAUACCCACCGUGAAAGUGCGUUAAUUAAUGCCGUCCCAUCCAACGUAUUAUCUAAAAGGGUCUUCAUCGUUUUUCAGUAUUUUCCAUUGGUGAAGGUUUCAUAAUAUCAAUCAAAAAGCUCCCUGUUUUCUAGUCUACUCUUAAUUUCAUAGCUCAGAACCGCCACUGCUGUGGGCAAGACUCGUCAUGAAAGACUUCUUCAGUUCUCUCUGCGUUUGCCUCUUCUUUUGUUUCGGGCUUCUCUUCAAUAGGGUGUCCUCACAAACUGGACCUGAACGUGCCGCCCUCCCGCCGAGAGGCUGGAACUCCUAUGACUCCUUCUGCUGGACUAUUUCUGAGAAAGAAUUCCUGGACAAUGCAGAGAUUGUUGCCAAGCGGCUUAAUUCUAAGGGUUAUGAGUAUGUGGUUGUGGACUACCUCUGGUAUAGGAAAAAGGUUCCAGGUGCUUACGUUGAUUCUCUUGGAUUUGAUGUGAUUGAUGAAUGGGGGAGGAUGGUGCCUGACCCGGUGCGGUGGCCUUCCUCUCAAGGUGGAAAGGGAUUCACUGAAGUAGCUAAGAAAGUUCAUGAUAUGGGUUUGAAGUUUGGAAUUCAUGUCAUGAGAGGAAUAAGCACACAGGCAGUAAAUGCCAAUACUCCUAUAUUGGACGUUUCUAAGGGAGGUGCCUAUGUAGAAUCAGGGAGAAAGUGGUUUGCAAGUGAUAUCGGGAUCAAGUCGAGGUCGUGUGCGUGGAUGCAUAAUGGUUUCAUGAGUGUAAACGUUAAUUCAGGAGCUGGAAAAGCCUUCUUAAGGUCGCUUUAUCAACAGUUUGCUGAUUGGGGCGUUGAUUUUGUGAAGCAUGAUUGUGUCUUCGGUGACGACUUGGAUUUACCUGAAAUAAGCUUUGUCUCAGAUGUUCUUAAACAACUUAACCGCCCAAUACUCUAUUCUCUGUCUCCCGGAACAAGUGUGACACCAGCCAUGGCCAAGGCUGUAAGUGGGCUGGUUAACAUGUAUAGAAUAACAGGUGACGAUUGGGAUACUUGGAACGACAUCGUUUCCCACUUUGAUGUCACCCGGGAUUUCUCUACUGCUAAUAUGAUAGGUACCACAGGGUUGCUGGGUAAAUCAUGGCCUGAUUUAGAUAUGCUUCCACUAGGGUGGCUCACUGAUCAAGGUUCAAACGAUGGCCCACAUAGAAGAUCCAACCUUAAUAUAAAUGAACAAAGAACUCAGAUGACUUUAUGGUGUAUGUCCAAAUCUCCAAUUAUGUAUGGAGGAGAUUUGCGGAAUAUCGACGAUAUGACCUAUAGUAUCAUCACGAAUCCUACGCUUCUGGAGAUUAACUCCUUUAGCACAAAUAAUAUGGAGUUUCUUAAAAUUGCUGCAACAACAAAGGUAUCAAAAUGUAGAGAGCAGAUUAUGAAAUGGCAUUUCAGAUAUUUGAAGCCAUCAGUUUCACCUAUAUUGAGUCUCACCAAAUGUGCGGAUUCGAACGCUGUUGGUUGGAUUACUAAAACUCUCGAUCGAGGUGUGGAAAAAAUAUGCUGGAAGGCCAAUCCAGAGCAUGAAUAUCAAACCCCAUUAUGUCUAUAUAAAAGAGGAUCUCGAGUUGCAAUAGAUAAAGAGGCAACUACUCGCCAUGAUCAAGUGGAACUUCUAUCAUCGCGUACUAGCGCGGUGGACGUUUGCCUGGAUGCUACUUCGAAAAGAAAGCGUAGUUCUGAAGAGUUCAUGAGGGGGUCAUUUUUUCCGUGCAGUAGACAUGAGAACCAGAAGUGGGAUUUAUACAGUAAUGGGACAUUGGGAAACCAUCAUUCCGGGCAUUGUGCAAUUGUGAAGACUAGCCAAGCCAAAGGCAGUCCGACUGGAGUUCGCUCUUGGAUCGCAACAGGAAGAGGAGGUGAGAUAUAUGUUGCUUUCUUCAAUCUGAACGAUGUGAAGACGGUAAUAUCAGCAAAGAUUUCGGACCUGGGCGAAGUUGUUCCUGGCAAGAAACUGGAUCAUAGUUCCUGCAAAUGCAAAGAGGAAUGGAGUGGAAGAGAGUUUGGAGUGAAGUCAGGGUCAAUAGGUGCAGCAGUUGAAAGCCAUGGUUGUGCAGUGUUUAUCAUAAAUUGUAGCAGCUGAUCCAACUGCAUAGCAAAAGCAGCCAAUAAUAAGCUCUGGAGUAUGUGGUAAGCUUGGUACUCUUAAAAAAGCCCCCCCCCCCCACCAAAUAUAUAAGCACCUGUUCUAAGCUAAAAUUUAUUAGAAAGAUUAUAAUAAUUUAUGUUUAAGAUGUAA